UCUAAACUGUCUUAUCUGGUAAACACUCGCAAGGAAAUGAACACAUUUUAUUUCAUAUCUCCACUGAUAAAAAGGACCAGAAGUAUUUGCUUCGGUAAUAUCUGCAACUCUUCAGACCUCUGUUCUCCUGGAUUAUUGUUCAAUACACUAUACUAUUGGGAGGUGGCUGUAAGGUAUUAUGGGCAUUGAAGGUGGGAACACAAGUUCAAAAUCUGGAAAUGUGGACAAGUUCUUGUCACCUCCGCCAGGUUUUGAAGGUUGUUCCAAAUCUGUAAAUGUGGACAAGUUGUUGUCACCUCCACCAGGCUUUGAAGGUGUGAACAGAAGUUCGAAAUCUGGAAAUGUAGACAAGUUGUUGUCACCUCCGCCAGGUUUUGAGUCUCAAGCAAGGUUUGUGCUUAGGAAGGUACAAGAGAAGACAAAUGGAUUCCGUCCAGGAGAUGCAGAUAGUUUCCAGAAGCUUCUUAACAGACGACCGUGGAUUGUGCAGGAGCACACAACUCCGAGCUCAGGGGUCUUAAAGACAACGAAACCUGAGGUACAGCCAAGACGGCUACGGAGAGUCUCCAAGAAGAUUGUCCUUGAGGAAGCUUCAGUGUUUAACCCAACCGAGAAGGAAUUCAAUGACACUCUCUCGUACAUUGCAAGCUUGCGUGACAUAUCUGAGCCUCAUGGUAUCUGUUGUGUGGUUCCUCCUCCUUCAUGGGAUCCUCCAUGUCUUCUUGGGGAGAGACAAAUAUGGGAGGGAUCCAGAUUUUUCACUCAAGUUCAGAUCUUUGAUGGAGUUCACACCGAUGACCCAAAGAUCAAAAAGGAGACUGAUGCUGAUAGUGAUGAUGAUGAUACGUUUCACAAGGUUAAGUUCUGUAAAACAGAACUUGGUAAUGAGUAUACUUUGGAGAUCUUCAAGAACUUUGCAGAUUCAUACUUGGAGAGUCAUUUUCGCUUAAAGGAGAAGGUGAAAGACGCAUGGCCAACGGUGGCAGACGUUGAGAAAGAGUUUAGAAAACUUCUUGAGAAUCCAUUUGUUGAACUAGGGGUGCUUUAUGGGAAUAAUAUAGAUACCAAAACGUUUGGCAGUGGGUUUCCUUUAUCUGGAUCAUCUGAAUCUUGCAAGUACAAAACAUCAGGUUGGAAUCUGAACAACACAGCCAAGCUUCCUGGCUCUCUUCUAACGUUUGACGACUGUGAAUCAGUUUGUGUUCCUCGCUUAAGUGUGGGAAUGUGCUUGUCUUCCCAGUUAUGGAAAUCUGAGAAGGAGAGACUCUACUCGCUCUUCUAUCUGCAUACAGGCGCUCCUAGAGUGUGGUAUUCUGUUGCAGGGUGUCAUCGUUAUAAGUUCAAGGCUUUCAUGGAGAGCUUUGUCCCUAAGGUGUCAGGAGAACAGUCAAAGAAGAGUUAUGAUUCUGUGAUGGCAAUGUCUCCAUAUGCGUUGCACAUGGAGGGUAUACCAGUGACCCGGUGUGUCCAGAACCGUGGACAGUAUGUUAUAUUGUUUCCAGGGACGUAUUACUCUGCCGUUGACUGUGGCUUUAACUGUCUGGAGAUAGCAAAUUUUGCUACCCUUGAUUGGUUACCCCAUAAGGAAAUUGAUGCUCUGCAGAAUCAAGAGAAGAAAAUAAAAUCGUUAUUAUCGUAUGAUAAGCUAUUGUUUGGAGCUGCUAGUGAAGCUGUGAAAUGCCUUAAGGAAUACUCUUUGACCAAGAAGGAAACAGCAGACAAUAUGAGAUGGUUUAAUGCUUGUGGUAAGGAGGGGAUGUUCUCCAACACUGUUAAGUCACGGGUCAAGAAGGAGAAAAGCAGAGUUCAGUACCUUAGUGGUCCACUAAAACCACAAAGGAUGGAGGAGAGUUUUGAUGAUGUGAGCAAGAGGGCUUGCUGUGUAUGCUUUGUGGAUUUGCAUCUUUCCGCUGUGCAGUGUUCAUGUUCUGCUGACCGUUACUCGUGUCUGAGCCACAUGAGGAAUCUCUGUGCCUGUCCGUAUGACAAGAAGAGUUUUCUCUAUAGGUACACCAUCGAUGAGCUGAACAUUCUUGCAGAGGCGUUGGAACAACGUAAGCUCAGCUGUAUGUUCAAAUGGGGAAACAUAGAUGGCAACUAUUGUGCUUCUCCUGCCAUCAGAAGUUCACAAGCUGGUGGGGACAAAGGCAAGACAACAGAUGAGGUUAUGCAAGAUGCUGAAACUGGGGGUAAGGAGCAGAUGAAGGCAAGAGGGAAAGUGAGAUCGAUCAUAGAGAUAAUGAAUGUCAAAGAGGAAAAUGAUAAUGAGUCAGGGACUGUGGACCCUAAACCCUUGUUCUAAUAAAUCAACCAGGCCAUGGGAUUCUUCUGCUGUCAACAUGGCAAAGAAACAGAAGCAGGGAUGGAUAUAAAAGGAAUGUUUUGUUUUUAAGUAGUUUAGUCAAAGGAGAAGAUUUUUUUUUUUGGUCAAAGUCAAAGGAGUAGAUUGGUUUGCAAAUUUGCACCAUUACGUAAACCCUAGGUUGACAAAAAAAAAAUGUAAACCCUAGAAGCAACUCUAAACUCAAGUUUAUGUUGCA